UAGAAAUUAUGAAGCAUUACAAUAGAACUGGGGUGUAGGACAGGAAGAAAGAUUGCCGUCACUGGUUAAGGUUUUGACGAUAUGAGGAACAACGACAAUACAGCUGGAUGGUAUGCUUUGGUGGUUUUGUUAGCUUGUUUUAUCCUACAGUUUCUGACAGCAAGUGUUGUCAGUUCUUCUGGUGUGUUUUUCGUACCCAUAUUGGAAGCAUACGAUGAAAGUAUAUCCACUGUUGCCCUUAUCUUCGGACUCGGACUGAUGGAUGGAGUCUACUGUUUGUUAUCUCUUCCAAUUAUGAUGUAUUUGAUUAAAGUAUUGAAACCAAGAACAAUUGUAAUACUUGGUAGUUUCAUAACAGCGUGUGGUUAUAGUCUUGGUCGUCUGCCUGGAAACAUAUACUUCUUGUUCUUUACUCUCAGCUUCCUCGUUGGCGUAGGAAAGGCUUUGAUUAUUCAACCCUCAAUCUAUUUACUUGGGACGUAUUUUCCAAAGCGGCGAGCUAUUGCAAAUGGAAAAGCUAUCUCCGGCAGUUGUUUAGGGGGACUUACAUGUCCUUACCUUUACAGAUACUUACUGGAAAAUUAUGGUUUACGGGAAGCUCUGUUGCUAACUGGUGGUAUCCUAAUGCACAAUAUUCCAAUGGCAUGUUUAUUAAGGCCGAACGACAAGUCAUCAAACAUUUUUAAAAAUGCAACCGAGAAAGAGAGCGACAACAAAAGAAAUCAAACAGAACCAGAAAGACCAGUACGUUAUCAGAACGCCGUAAAAGAUCAUAGCAUUAAGAAUGGUGACGUGAACAUGUAUAAUUUUUCUAGUGGAUCAGAUCCGUUGUUGCAUGAAAAGGAGAGCAAAGUUAAACUGUUACCGUCAAGUGAAAAUUGUCUUUAUAGAAACGUUGACACUCAUUUACACGAUGAACAUUUUAAUAAGAGAGAAUUUUCAAUAUCAGAUUCAUUAAUAUAUGGAAACAGUAGUGCAACUACAGCAUUACCGAUGACAAAACUUAAUUCCACCGAUGGUCAAAUUAGCGCUUCACCAAUUGAGGUACAGAAAUGUCCUCAUCCGUGUUCUCCUUUCUUGAAUCCAACGUUCCUUCUCUUCCUUAUUGCAAACUGUUUAGCAACAACUGUAACUGCUACGUUUUUAUCUUGUCUUCCUGCCUAUGCCAUUCAUCAUAACAUUGACUAUAACAAAAUGUCCAUAUUAGUAUUCUUCACUCAAGCAUUGGAUUUUGUUUGGAGAAUAUGUUCUGGAAUUAUGGCUGACAUAUCACAUAUAAAAACAUACCAUAUCUUAGCAAUGUCGCAGUGUGUAUGUGGUGUGGUAUAUAAUUGUAAUGCACUACUGACAUCGUUUGCUGGGCUAGUGGUAUUUUGUGCUGCAAUUGGUCUAUUUGCUGGGGCCCAACUUGUAUUAAUGUUUAGUCAUACAGUAGAAAUAGUUGGACCUGACUUAACUCCUCCUGCCGUAUCGAUACUCAUUGUUGGUCAACUACCUGCAAUUAUAUUUGGACCACGAAUUUUCGGUCUUUUAGUAGACUCCACAGGUGACUUCAAAGCAUCUUUUCAUACCAUAGGAUCAUUAGCUUUACUGUCGUCCGCAUUAUUUCUUUGUGAACCUCUUACAAAUCGGAUUAUCAGACGGUCUCAAUUUUGUAUUCGAGGAGAAAGAUGUCCUUGA